AUGUCAAUCAGGAGGAGAAAUUACUCACAAGCCACGCCCAAGCCCGCAUCACGCAAGCCAAGCCCCGUCAGCCAAAUUCAAACUCCGACAGCCGCUACAAGCCAUCACAAGCCACUCUCCCAAGCCGCCUGGAUCUGGACGACAGAGGCGUCCGGGGGAAAUGCACCACCAGGGACCCGUGCGUUUCUCCGCACCUACACAGCACCCCCCGGACAGCUCAUCGCGUCUGCAACGGCGAUCAUUGCCGCGGACAACGAGUACACGCUUUACGCGAACGAGUUCCCGGUCGGCUCCGGGUCAAGCUCCAGCACGGCGCAGACCUGGAGCAUCAACCUCGGCGCCGCACCGCAGGUCGUCUUCGCCGUGGUGGCCACAAAUACCCUCACCGCGCCGCUGGACGCGGCGGGCGUCAUCUUCGCAGCGGAGAUCAACUUCGUCAAGACGGCGGGCAACUGCACCGGCGGAGCCUAUCUGGUCAGCGAUGUUUCCUGGUUGUGGCCUGGGGAUGCUUCGCUUCCGUCGGGGUUCGAGUUCCCUGGGUACAACAGCUCGUCUUGGACGGCGGUCACCAUGGAAGGUGGGCCGGCUCCCCUCCCUGGGGCGCAGUCGCUAUAUCUCCCCCGACGGGCACCGUCAGGGCCUUUUAAAUCACGAUCCUGUAGAUUUGGUACAAAUUUGUGAUAUCUGAAUGAGACACAGGCUACACGGGAU